AUGAAUAAACAAACAUCGUCAAAAAGCAGCAGCAGCGACAACAGCGCCAACAGCACUAGUAGUAGCGAUACAGGCGCAUCAUCAACAAGAAUUCAAAGGAGAUUCUUACAUCAGUAUGGAAAGUACUCGAGUAUCUAUAGACAUCCACUUGCAUUGUGGGCCGAGAAAUGGUGGAGACGCGCCAUGUCCAUUGCGAUGAUUGCCGUCGUCUUUGUCAUCUUGACGGCGCUGUUCCCAUUGUUGGCGAUCGUCGCGCUCAUUGCCGACGCCAUCCUCUACUCGAAGCGCCACGGACUCAACUACGUGCGCGUGCUCGCCUUCUUUGAAACCUACCUGGUGAUCGAGUUCAUCGCCAUCUUCUCAUGCAUGAUCAUCUACCUCGUCUACAUGCUCUCGCUGCUGGUCGAUGGAGACGCCAAGCGCGAGCGAUGGGACCGCUGGAACUAUUGGUACCAGUCGUGGUGGGGAGGCAUGAUGAUGUUUGGUUGGAGCACCAAGGCCAUGGGCCUCUCUGUUCAGAUCGAGAUCAAGGGCGGCAAUGAAGACUUCAUUGCCCCAUGGAGCCAGAAGGGCAUCCGCGAGCGUGUCGCCAAGGCCAUUGGCCAAACACCAAAGAUCAUGUUCCUUCGUCAUGCCAGCUUUGCCGAUACUCUGGUUCCACAAGGAAUACUGUCAGACUUCUUCCACUUGAGAUACAUUGUCAAGCAGGAGUUGCUCUGGGACCCAGGUUUGGAUAUCUCUGGUUCAAGAACACCAAACUUCUUCUUGUUUAGAGAUGCUGGCGCUGAGGGAAUGGAGGUAGAGAUGGAGGCAAUCACCAAUCUUAUCAAGGACUUCAAACCAAAUGGUAAUGAGGUGACAUGCAUUUGGCCAGAGGGAACUAGGUUCUCAAAGUCAAAGAGAGAGAAGGUGUUGGAGAGCUUGAAGAAGAAGAAUGAUCCAAAGUAUGAGUUUGCCGCCAAGCUCAAGCACACCCUUCUUCCAAGAGUUGGAGGUGCUCUUGCAAUGUUGGAAGCUAACCCAUGCGCUGAUGUCAUCUUCUGCUCUCACAUUGGUCUCGAGGCAUCUUCCAACUUUGCUCAGAUGAUGGAAGGAAGAAUGUGCAACAGGAUUGUCAAGAUUAGAUUCUCCAGAGUCAAAUAUGAGGACAUUCCAAAGACUAAGCAAGAGAGGAUUGAUUGGAUUCUUGAGAACUGGGUCGACAUUGACACAUGGACCGACAAGCAGUUGGCUCUUGAGAAAGAGGAGCACAAGAAGAAAUACAAUUAA